CUAAACAAAAAAAAUAUUUUUAUUUAUUAUCUUCCAGACACUCCAGCCUGCUUUUCACUAGAUUUAAAUGGACUCUCUAAUAUAAGACAAGAACUGUGCAAUAAACCAAGUAUGUUUCUUACAUCCCUUUCUUAUUUAUAUCAUCCGUUAAAGUCGGAAGAGUUUGCAAUUCAAGCCGGAAAACAUCAAACCAUUGACAUCACCUUCAUCGAUUUCUGCAUUGCGUGUUUUAGAUAUGAAGGGUCCGGAUUAACAGAAAUAAAAUCAAACUUCUGGAUAGAAGACCGUGGUGAAAACGCCUACAUUUGCUCUACGUAUCAACCGCCACAGACAUACAAAUCAACAGGUUCAAAGAUUCAUUUGCAUUACAAACCUGUUAGAGAUGAAAAAAUAAGUUAUAUUGGCAAAAGAGUAGAGGACAUUGAAGGAUUUCGGCUGCAAUAUAAAAUAUCAGAGCAUUCGUUUGUAAAGUAUACUACUGAGGUGAAGGGAAUUGAUUCAACAGAUUUAGCAGGUACAUAUUUCAAUAUUUAGCGAAUAUAAAGCAACGAACAUUGUUUUAACUGUAAACGAAGUAUAUUUUG